AAAACAUAUUUAACCCAAAAGAAAAUUCUGAUCUUCUUCUCCUCACACGCGAUCUUCUCCCUCUCCACCGCGGUCUUCUCCUCUGCAUCGCGAUCUUCUCCGUCUGCAUCGUGAAGCUCCCUGUUCAAUCGCGCAACUCGCUUCGUUAGGGUUUCCCAACCGCGAAUCUCCCUCUGAUUUCAACCGCGAAAGUCUCAAUCGCACCAGUUCCUCUUCAAUCGCACUUGCUCUUCUUCAAUCGCUUGAGCUUUAGAUCUCUCUAUUGACUCAAAUUGCUCAAGGUAAAAUCGAGUUCCCUAACUUUUUCUUCUUCGCUUUUUUGUUGUUGUUUUUUGUGACGAGAGUAGAUGCAAGUUUCGUGUGAGAUGUUGCUGUCACUGAUAAUCAACUCAAUUUCUAUCACUUUUGUUGUCGUGAGUAUAUUUGGCCACAAAUUUGCUUUUGAUCUGAGAGUCAAAUAGUGUUGGGUGCUGAUACUCACUGCUUGAUUGGAAAGUUACACAGUUUACACUUUUGUUAACAUGAUUCAUGGCAACUUAAUUGGAUUUUGCUUAAUCUUUUAUAAUACUCUACAGUUUAUAUAUUAUAUGGAUUUUGCUUUGACAUUUUUGCUUCCCAUUGUUCCCCUCAUUCUCAUUUUAUGACAUGAUGAGCAUUGAGCUUCCUUAUCAUGACUGGUUUGGAUUAUUUAGACAAAAAAAUUGUAUUGGAGGAAACUGAUGGCCAAUACAUACACCAUUUUACUCAGAUGAACAGAAUCUUGGAUAAUACUUCAUGAAGAGGAAAAGUAAUUUACUAGGGAACACUGCUCAGGCAAGCAUUUGGUUAGAUGUUCCAUCGCAUUCCAACCUGAUCAAAACUCUAGUGGAUCAUCAAGUCUUUGGGAGUUUCUUCCUUUAUCAAUCAUAUGCUCUCCUAUGUUAAUGCUACUUUUAUUCUUCAAACAUUCAAGACCUUGACACCUUGGCAACACCAAGCUCCGAACAGCCAUCACUGUAACCCAGUCAGUCACACUCGCCCAUCACUUCGCCAUUGUUCUCCUCUCCGGCGACAAAGCUUCUCCGGUAAUCUGAACCGCCGCAUCAUCUCAUUCGGUUCCUAGUCGAAGUUCAAUCUGCUCUCUCUCUCUCCCCUUCCAAGUCCACCACGAAACCUAGAAAUGAGUGCGGGUGGCGCGUUUGGUGGUAAUAGGGGGCUCCGUCCUAUGCCUCCGGAAAAGGGUAUAUUCCCAUUGGAUCACUUACACUUGUGUGACCUGGAGAAGAAAGAAUAUCUCAGUUGUCUAAAGACGGCUGGAAACAAGUCUGAAAAUUGCAGGGAAUUAUCGAAAAAAUAUCUGCAGUGUCGAAUGGAAAAGAACUUGAUGGCAAAGCAAGACUUGGCGGAACUUGGUUUUAAGGGAGAUAAUGUAGAAACUCCUGGAGGGAAAAUAACCUAGAGGAUUGAUAAUCAAGACCAAUUAAAAAUGUAUAUUACUAUUGAGGUUAAGUUUUGGUAAUAUCAUUCUUUCCUUUGUCAUUCAGUUCAUUUGAUAAGCAGAAAUCUAACCAUACACUGAGUUUACAAUGAUUUCGUUCGGAUAGCUAGGAGGUGGGGAAAAAGUUAUGGCCAGUUGGCCUCAUACCUGUGGUUUUAAUUAUAUGGAACUAGAUACCUAAUGCAAUGAAGCAUUUUAAUCAUGGUUUAUGUAUGAACUGUUAUUACUUAUUUAAUCUUUAAGCAUUAUUUGUAUAA